AUGGCUUUCAACAAGUUUUCAUCCAUAAUUUUAAUGCUUUCUCUUCUUUCUUAUUCAAUAUUCACUGAUGCUGCUGAUGGUUCUCCACCAUCACCAAACCCAACACCUUCUCCAGUUGCUCCAUCAUCACCAAACCCAACACCUUCUGCUAAUACAACUCCACCUUCACCACAAGGUCAAUGCCCCAUAGACAGCUUAAAGUUAAGGGACUGUGUUGGUCUUUUAGGAUUGAUUAAUUAUGGAAAUCCUCCUUUUGGUGGUAAAUGUUGUGCAUUAAUAAAUGGUUUGGUUGAUUUGGAAGCUGCAACAUGUCUUUGUAUUGCACUUAAGGCUAAUGUACUUGGAAUCAACUUGAGUAUACCUAUUAGCCUCAGCGCCAUCAUCAGUGCUUGUCACAAAACUGUCCCUUCUGAAUAUAAAUGUGUUUAA